UGUGAAGGACCAACAUAUCCUGGACAGCUCUGUUUACUGUAUCUGUCCUCUCAUCCAGGGUCUCGGCAUAUCUGGACAUACACACGCUACACACACACGCCCAGAGCAAGAGGACCAAGAGCCCGGAUCCAGCACCAGGUAAGUCAGCCUGUUAGGACUCCACAGUGGUGAGAGCCUCCGAGCCUGUGUCAUUUUCAUCAGUGAUAACGGAAGGCAACCAUGACGGUCCGGGGCCUGAGGAAACAGCCAGAGAAGAUGGCAAAGCUCAGAGAGUCAUCUGGGACAGAGACGGAGACCAUGGCUUUCCACAACCUCUGUCUGCAGGUUCUACUGCUAACGGCCUUCCUCUCCUACUGCGCUCACUCAGAUGGCACAGCGGAGAGCAAGCUCCACAGACUACUGAAGAAAAGAGAUGUGGGCGGAGGUAUGAAGCCUGUGGGGGUGGCAAUGACCCCCUCCAAGGCCAAAGAGUUCCUGACCUCCCUACGGAGGCCCAAGAGGAACAUCUGGGACCGCAGCAGGCCAGAUGUGCAGCAAUGGAUCAUGCAGUUUAUGCACAUGGGUUAUGACGAGGCGAGGCUUGAGACUGACCUGUCCUACUGGAUGGACCUGGCCCGGUCGUCAGACCAAGGUCGCCAGCACCAUUAUGACGAGAACGCUCCCAUCGGGCCCCAGGACCCCGAUUCCUACAGACACGGCGCCAAUGUCAAUUAUGACUACUAUUAAUUGGCCCACUGUGAUUUACUCAGCUUCUCUGUCUCAACAUAAAAAUCACAUGAGCGUAAAGGGAUAGUUCUGAUAUUUUACAUAUUAAGAUAUGUGUUCCCUUCCUGAAGACUACUUCAAAGGAAGGAAACAAAUAUGUUAGGUAAAAUCGCUGAACUGUCCCAAUCACAUAAGUGAUUCCCUCUUCUUCCUUCUGCAACUUAUCCCUCUGAUGCUAUUCUGCACACCUACAGUAAUGUAGCCAUCUCUGUAAUGCAAGAAAUAGAGCUAAGACAUGCCUCUCCCAGACUAUGGAUUGGGUUUCACUGUCUCUACUUUGUAUCCUUUGCUGUCUGGGAGAUUGAGACCUGCUGAUGUACAUGCUGUGAUGGGACCACAAUGCAUUGGGUUGAUCUGUCUGAAUAACUAAAUAAAGACAGUCAAAACCUUUAAUAA